CUUGAUUCUCGGCGAAAACAUUCCUCUCCAUGCUCAACUUUGAAGAUGUCGAGGAGCGGGAUGGCGUCCGACUGUCGUGGAACGUCUGGCCGUCAUCACGCAUAGAGGCGACCAGGACAGUUGUUCCCAUCUCGGCCCUCUACACCCCUCUCAAGAUAAGAGAAGAUUUACCACCGGUAUUGUACGAGCCAGUCGCAUGCAAGCCGCCGUGUCGCGCCAUUCUUAAUCCUUACUGUCAAAUUGAUAUCCGUGGCAAGCUCUGGAUUUGUCCGUUCUGCUUAUCUCGGAACGCUUUCCCACCUCAUUACAAGGAUAUCUCCAACACCAAUCUGCCCGCCGAGCUCCUACCCAAAUAUACCACCAUUGAAUACACCCUCGCCCGCCCAGUUCAGGUCCCUCCCAUUUUCCUCUUCGUCGUGGACACAUGCUUGGACGAAGAAGACCUGAAAGCCUUGCGUGAUGCCAUCGUCGUUAGUUUGAGCCUCAUUCCGCCUUACGCGCUCGUGGGACUCAUCACCUUUGGAACCAUGACCCAAGUUCACGAAAUUGGUUACGCCGAAUGUAGCAAGUCAUACGUCUUCCGUGGUGGAAAGGAAUAUCAGCCAAAGCAGAUCCAGGACAUGCUCGGUCUAACAUCCCAAAACCGGGCAGCACCUCGCCCAGGCCAACCAAUGCCCCAGCAAUCCUUUGGGGCCGCCCGAUUUCUGAUGCCUGUACAGCAAUGCGAGUUUCAGUUGACCGGUAUUCUUGAGUCCUUGACACGAGACCCCUGGCCCGUCGCCAACGACAAGCGCGCGCUGCGAUGCACAGGAGUUGCCGUUAGUGUUGCUGUUGGGCUGCUGGAGACUACCUACCCUAACACAGGAGCACGCAUUGUCGUCUUCGCUGGUGGUCCGGCAACUGAGGGUCCGGGAAUGGUUGUCAGCAACGAGCUAAAGGAACCCAUUAGAUCCCAUCACGACAUCGACAGAGAUAGCGUAAAGCACUAUAAACGUGCUAUCAAGCUUCUAAUUUUCUACGAGGCUCUAGCUAAACGUGCCUCCAACAAUGGGCAUGCAAUCGAUCUCUUUGCUGGGUGUUUGGAUCAGGUCGGCCUUUUGGAGAUGAAGUCGCUUCCCAACUCUACGAAUGGUGUAAUUGUCUUGUCAGACUCUUUCGCCACCUCCAUUUUCAAGCAAAGUUUCUUGCGCAUGUUUAACAAAGAUGACCAGGGACAUCUGCACAUGGGUUUCAACGCUACAUUCGACGUUCAGACCACAAAAGAACUGAAGGUGUCUGGUAUGAUCGGUCACGGCAUCUCUGCUGGGAAGAAGUCAGCUUGUGUAGGCGAGACAGAGAUUGGUAUCGGUCAAACCUCCGCCUGGAAAAUUAACGCCGUCAACCCCCACACUGCCACCGCCGUUUAUUUCGAAGUUGUCACCCCUGCCGGCCAGCCCCUUCAACAAGGCUCACGCGGGCUCAUCCAAUUCGUGACCCACUAUCAACAUUCAUCUGGCCAACAAAGAUUACGUGUCACCACUAUCGCGCGCAAUUUUGCAGAGGCAGGCUCGCCCAGUAUUGCGGCAUCGUUUGAUCAAGAAGCGGCAGCCGUUUUGAUGUCCAGGAUUGCAGUGUUCAAAGCCGAGAUUGACGACUCCCCAGAUGUCCUCCGAUGGCUGGAUCGCAUGCUCAUUCGUUUAUGUCAGAAGUUUGCCGAUUACAGAAAAGAGGAUCCUACUAGCUUUAGGUUGACUGACAACUUCAGCAUUUAUCCCCAGUUCAUGUUCCAUCUGCGGCGAAGUCAGUUCCUGCAAGUCUUUAAUAACAGCCCCGACGAAACUGCGUUUUACAGGCACAUCUUGAACGAGGAAGAUGUGAACAAUUCUCUGAUCAUGAUUCAACCAACAUUGAUGUCAUAUACGUUUGACACGCCUCCUCAACCUGUCCUUCUGGACAGUGUUUCCAUUAAACACGAUGUCGUCCUCCUUCUUGACACUUUCUUCCAUAUCCUCAUCUUUCAUGGCGAGCUCGUUGCGCAAUGGCGGAAACAAGGUUACCAAGAUCAAGAAGGGUACGAGAAUUUCAAGGAGCUGCUGGAGCUACCGGUGGCAGACGCUCAGGACCUUCUUGUGGACCGGUUCCCGAUUCCUCGAUACAUCGUCUGUGACCAGGGCGGCAGUCAAGCCCGUUUCCUUCUAUCUAAGCUCAAUCCAUCAACGACACACAUGUCAGCGACUAUGUAUGGCUCGACACCCGGGCCUGGCGCCGGCCAGGCCAUUUUUACCGAUGAUGUCAGCUUGCAGGUCUUCAUGGAGCAUUUGAAACGCUUGGCUGUGGGAGCUCAAACGAAUUAAUCCUCGGUUAUAUUGUCAUAGGUCCCUUUGUCGUUUAAAACUUACUAGUGUUCUGUUUUAUUUUACUCUAAACAAAAAGCAUAGGGUUGUGUUCGCUCGU